AUGGCUUUCAACAAGGUAAUAAUUUGUGUUUUUUGUUAUUCCUAAUUAUUUUUUUCUGUAGAUCGAAGAUUUUGGGAGAACAAUCAUUGUUCCCGAUGAGAAUCUUCCAGAUUCGCGACUUUUGAAAAAAUAUGCAAAAGGAACGGUUAUUUUUACAAAUGGAAAAAUCUUAGACAAUUACGAAGAUGGACAGGUUAGUUGAUCACAGAUUAUUAUGAAGAAUAUUUACGAAUAUUUAGAUUAUCGAUCUGAACGAAGAUGUCAUGUAUGGUCUUCUUUGCAAUGAUAAAAAAUUGCAACUAUACAAAUGUGACCAAAAUGGAAAAGUUUUAUCGGAUGACCAGUUCGAAAUAGAUACUUUUGCUCAUCUUGAAGGUGGAGCUGAAGUGAGUGUUCAUUUUUUUUUCAAAUUGAAGAUAGUAAAUUUUCAGAUACUGAAAGAGGGAAAACGACAAUAUUUGGAAAAUAAAAAAAUAUACUUGAAAAGCGUCCGUCAGAAUAAUCAAUCUUUCUUCGAAGAUCUUGACAGUGAUAACGAUGACAACACAGUUGAUGAUGUUAAUGCGAAAUUGAACUCGAAUUUAACUGGCGACGUUGUGACAGAUGAUUCAACAAUUAGUAAUGAUAACGAUGACAACACAGUUGAUGAUGUUAAUGCGAAAUUGAACUCGAAUUUAACUGGCGACGUUGUGACAGAUGAUUCAACAAUUAGUAAUGAAGAAACCAUCGGAGAUUCCUCAAAUUCUUCUAGCUCUUCAUCAAACAACCUGAACUUCGCUCCAAAAGUAAAUCAAAAAUCAAAAAAACUGCGCAAAAAUGAUCAUAAAGGAAAAAGGAAAAAUAACGAUGAAGUUAUCACAACAAAAAAUGUGAGUUGAAGUUAUCAUAAUAUUAGUUUUCGAAUGUAUUUUUUCGAGUUUUUUGGAUUACAUACAAUGCAAAAUACUGGUAUACUGUAGUGUUUUCUCAAAAAUUUUGAAGAUAAAUUUCUGGGUUACUGUAGUUUUCAUUGAAUUUCAAGAGCUACAGUGUUCUAGACUUACAAUACUAUUUUGAGGAAUUUGGAACUUUCAUUUGGAUAAAAAUUCUUUAAAAAAUUUGAAUCACUUUGAUUUAAAUGUUUUCUUGCAGAAAGCAAAGAAGCGAAAGCAAGCCGAUAAAACUUGUUCUGCGAAAAUUCAAUUCGAAACUGCUCAGACAUCACUACGAGAAAUAAAAGAUUGCGAAGCUCAAAAUUUUGUUGCAACAGACGUAGAAUUAAAUGAUAUCGAAUUCGCCGCGAUUCUGCGAGAAAAUGAAGAAGGUUUUGAUUCGUGCAGUGCUUUAUUUGGAUACAGAGAUUCAACGAGGUAAAAUUGCACUAUUAUUGAAAUUUAUUCUGAAUUUUUUGAUUUCAGAUCGGGAAAAGUCGUGAUUCUUUCCGAACACACGUCUUUGGAACAAUUGAAAACUAAUAAAGAUGGAAAGGUAAUUUUAUUUUGUAAUUUUACAUUUAUUUUUUUGAAAGUGUUUUUUUUUUCAGGUUACUGUUCAACUCAUGUCAAGUGAUAAUGCCAAACUACACCUGUUAAGUAUAAUGAACACGUUUUCGAUUCGCGAAUUUGGAACAACAGAAAAGGUAUCCAAGAUUUUUUUUUGUGUUUCAAUCAAUUUUUUUGAGAUGACACAUAUUCGAUUCAUCUUAGAUUCAUUGGACAUGAGCUUUGAGUGGUUAAGAAGCUUGACGACUCAGAAACUGGGCAAAUUGUUUUCCGAAUUUUCAAACGUGAGUUUUAUGCUCGUAAUAAAAACAAUAAAACUUCAGAAUUUCAAAUUUUCAGGCGUUCUAUCCACUUUGGUUGAUUAGGAUCUCGAUUUUCGAUAGUAUUUUCAAUGAUCUUCUCAAAAAAGUCAUGCGAAAACUAAAAACAAAUGGUCUGACAAUCGCACGAAAAUUACCAUCACUUUAUCCAAACCAUCGAGAUAAAAUCAUUGAAAUUUUCAACACUUUUGACAAUAGUGUGGACCAAAAAUGUGGCGACAUAACCAAGGUUUUUUUUCUAAAUUUAAUUCAAAAAAUUUCUGAAUUUAACAAAUAAUUUCAGGAACUGAACAAACUCCAGACCAAUGAUUCAAUUAUUUUGAAUAGAAAAGGAUUUCCUUUGGAUGUGGUGAAAACGUUUUUGGACACGGUAAAAGAAGAAGAAAAUAUCACAGCAUUUUGCAGGUGAGCUUCGAAAGCAUUUAUAUUCAAAAAUAUGAGUUGUUAUUUCAGAAGUGUCGAAAAAAUCAGCGACUGUGAAACACUUGAUUAUCUAAAAGGACAAUUUGAUAAAUUUAAAGAAUGUGGAUUUGGAAUAGUUUUUGCAGAAAAUAUUGAGCCAUCAGAAUGUGCCUUCAUGAAUGGUGAUGAUGUGGUAUGUUACACAAUCUGAAAACCACCAGACCACACAUUUUUGCAGACUGCAUCAUCGAAAUGGUUGUCAUCGCAUUUUGAUCUUCAAUUGUUGUUCAUUACAAAUGACGAAAGUGAUAUUCCAUCGUUGAAACGAACUGUUUAUCUCACAACUCCGUUGAUAAAUGGAUCUGAUAGUAAGUUCAAAAAUACAGAAUACAGAAAUUUGACUUAUAGAUGUAUUUAUUUAAAUUUUCCUCUCAAAAAUUCUAGCUAUUUUUUCAUUUUCUCGCAUCAUGUUCGCUCCACGUCUAAAAUUUCGAAUUUAAAACGUGAAUUCUUUUUGGCAUUACCAAUUUUUUGAAGAAAAUACAAAUUUUUGCAUUUUCUCGCAUCAUGUUUACUUCACGUUUUUUUUUAAAUUUUUAAUGUGAAAUAUUUUUUCAAUUUCAGAAUUAUCAGAAAUUUAAGAAACAAACAUAACUCAUUCUUUUUACAGCGGUUAAACUAAUGCCGAUUUCGAUUCGCCUAUAUAAAAAUGGAAUUAUUCUUUCCGAUGUUGAAAUGGUUCAAUCUAUUAUUUUGGAAGAGGCCAACAUUUCAACCGACAAUUUCGAACUCUCAGACUUCAAACAAGUUAUCAAAAAACUUGGUCGUUUAUCAAUUCUGAAUGACUGUGGUAAAUAUUUCAAAUUAUGUCAAAAGAACAAGAUUUUUCUUUUUCAGAGCUUGGAACGUAUAUUCUGCGCAAAUAUGAAACUGGAGCAGCUCAUUCUUCCAACAAAUUAUAUAAAUUCAAUAAAAACUUUAUAAUAUAA